AUCUUUCCGAACUUCAUCGCCAUUGUUAAUAAUAUUGCUUCUUCCCUCUUUUGGGACACCCCCGUGGCAUUUUUAAUUCGUCUCUCUUAAUUUGUUCAUUUGAUUGAGGCUCGAAGCCUCUCUUAUUAUAUGUCAUAACCCCCUUGUCCCUAUUCCUUUUCAUUCGUGAACUUUAGAAAUAUACUGGUAAAACUGCAUCACAUUUCCCCCAUUGCAUCGACCUACGAUAUUGAUCGUUUUUGAAGCAUAGCGACAUCUUGUCAUUUCCAUUUCCUAAUCCAACCGAUCAGCCAAUCCGGUCCCCUAUUAUAUUGAUCCGCAUCCCUGUCAACAUCUAUACAACUUGCAAUUGCGAAUAAUGGCUUCCGAGGCAUCUUCAAACCCGGCAACUGCCACCGGAUCCCCUGCCGAGCAGCUUAUGAAAAAGCAUGCAGAGGAUGCCAAACAUAAGGCCACUGUCGAGGACGCCGAGGACGAGGACGACAUUGCGCACCCUCCCCCGUCCAAGGCUAGCCACACUGGCACCGAUGCAGACCCUACACCAUCCACGACGGCUACCGCGUCUCCAGCGCCUAGCGUGAGUGGAAAGCAAAAGGCGCAGGAUACACCGCUCGGCAGUGCCGGACCUGGCACUCCGGCUUCAUUCGACGAGCUCUUCCCUUCGCUCGGAGGCGGGCCCAAGCCAAGGUCGCCAGCGCCCGUGGCUGCCGCUUGGGGCGCAAGAAAGCCCAACGCAGUCAGCAGCGCGCCAUCCAAUGGCAUUCCUAAUGGCCAUAGCGCCAAUGGACUCCCGUCAACUCCUGGAAGAGGUUCAGGUCCUCAAUUAAUGUCAUUGCCUGGUAGAUACAGCGAGCGCAUCCAAUUUGCUCCCUCGCAGCUGCUCCCCAGGACUCAACUCCGAAAACCUGUUCCCGACGUCCUUCGCGAUAUCAACAAGAGAUCCAAGGCUACGGUAGAAAUGAAGCCUGGCCCUGGUGGCAUCAUCGUCUUCGAGGGGAGGGGUCCUGUGGAGGCCGUCCGCCAAGCACUCAAGGAUGUUGCAGGUCAAUUAGGCUCAAAGCAAUCGGUCAAAAUUCCUAUUCCUGCUUCAGUUCGACCUCAUAUCAUUGGCCGCCAAGGUACAGUGGUCCAGGGUAUUUCUCAGCGGACGGGAGCUCGUAUCCAAGUCCCGAAGCCGGAGGAAAGCGGCGUUCCCGCUGAGGAGGAGGAUGACAGUGCCACCAUCGACGUGUCAAUUGAAGGUGAUGCUGUGGCUGCCGAGAUGGCAAGACGCGAGAUUGAGGCAAUUGUCAACGAACGUACAUCAACCGUCAACUUGCGGCUGAAGGAGAUUCCGGCGGAGUUUUACCCCUUUAUUGCAGGUCCCCAUGACGCCCGCGUCAAUGCAUUAGAGGAAGGUCGCGAUUUGAAGAUUCAGGUGCCUCACUAUCAUACCUGGACAUCACAGCCUCCGCCCCAAGCCCCUUCGUCCAACCAGGCGCCUUCUUUCACCGCGCAAGAGGGUCUCCCGAUCCAGCUCUCCGGUGACCGUCUUGCCGUGCAGCAAGCUCGCGACGAGAUUGAAAGGCAAGUGGAGCAGCUGCGUCAACAGCUCACCAUCUCGCAGCUUCCGAUUUUCAGAGGCCAGCACCAAUUUAUUGUCGGUGAGAGGGGCCACUCUCUCCACGAUUUCUUGGCUGAAACUGGUUGUGCGGUCAUUCUGCCCCCAAGCACCGAUGACACCGAGCUGUUGACGGUGACCGGCCCCCGUGAGAGCAUCGAGGCUGGAAUUAACAAGGUCAUGGAUCUUGCUGCCAGCAUGCAGAUGGCCAGCGUUGACAUUGCUCGACAGCAUCCGAACGCUGCGGUUGGAGCUCAAGCUCAUGCUCGAAGCUUGACGCGCUAUUUGCAACAUAGACAUGCUAUUCAGCAGUUGGAGAAACUCUACGAUGCUCACAUUGUUCUGCCUCCCGCCGAUGAUGCAUCCAGUUCAUGGGAGCUCUACUCACGUGAUGGCAAGAACAUCAUUCGCGCCAGAUCUGACAUUAUGAAUUUGGUGAAUGGCCACCCGCCACAAAGACUGUUGCACUUGAACGUUGACCCUUUUUACCAUGAACAUCUACGUCAAAAGAGAGCUGAGCAGCUCCUCAAUGAGUUUGGUGUGCAAAUGGUCAUUCCUGACGAGGUGGAGGAGGAGCCAGAUGUUUUGCUUGUCUAUGAAGGUCCUUCGGCCACAACGUCAGAGUAUCAAUUUCCCAAGGCUCGUCCCUCGGCUGAUGAGGUGCGGGAAUUCGAAAGAGCCUUGCAUCUGGCCGAGGAGCAGGUUCUUGGCUUGACGAAAGGCUAUCAAGAGUUGACGACGAAGCAGGUCGAUGUCCCAAAGAAAUUCCACGACAAGCUUCGACGAUUCGUCAACCGCGAGCAGAAGGGUGUUCCCGCCUCCGAAAUCCCUGUGCGAGUUGCCAUUGGUGAGCCUGGAAGCAAGCGCAGCAGAAAGACUCGCCAAACCCCUGCAACCCCUGUCUCUGAGACUCAGGUUCUGCUCCGCGGUCCCAAAGAUAAAGUGGACGAGCUGGAGAGCAAGAUCCUGGAAUUUGUCGAGCAAGAGAAGAUUGACGAGCGGGAAAGGGGCUAUACUAUUAGCUUCGACUAUCCUCAGAAGUUCGCGAAUCAGCUGAUUGGAAGACGUGGCGAGAAUAUCAAAAAGUACAGGGAAGAGUUUGAUGUUGAGAUCCAGGUGGACAACGGUAAGGUGGAGAUCAAGGGACCCAAGGCCAAGGCCGAAGCUGCCAAGGGCCGGAUCAUUGCACUUGCCAAGAAGCUCGAGGACGAAGUGACACAUGUUCUGAAGAUCAAGUCUCAAUUCCAUCGUGACCUCAUCGGCACCAAAGGGAGCCAAGUCAACCGGCUCCAGGAGAGGUACAAUGUCCGGGUUAACUUCCCUCGGUCGGCUUCAGCGGCCGACGAGGGCUCUCCGGCCGAGACUGGAAGCGACGCGGGUCAGCGUCCUCGGGGUAGCCAAGCCCCUGAUGAAGUGACCAUCCGUGGACCGAAGCGUGGUGCCGACGAGGCCCGAGAGGAAUUGCUCAGCCUUUUGCAGUGGACGAUGGACAACUCACACACUGCUUCCGUGUCCGUCGCCCAGAGCCAGAUUUCAUCCUUGAUCGGCCAAGGCGGCCGGGAGAUGGACAAACUCCGCGUGGAAACUGGUGCUCAGAUUGACGUUCCUGGCGCCAGAGAUGCCGUCGAUGCCUCUGGUCGCGUUGAGAUUAAGAUUAAGGGUACGAAGAAGCAGGUGGAGGAAGCGAAACAACUCUUGGAGAAGAGAGCCAAAUUCUUCGAUGAGAGCAUCUCCAGAACCCUCGAGGUUGACAAGAAACACCACAAAGCUCUUAUCGGUGGUGGAGGUGCCAACAUCCGCAACAUUGUCGUCGAAGCCGGUGGUCCUGAUGACCGCAGAGAGCUCGCUCGUAUGGUGCGAUUCCCUCGUCAAGACUCUGAUGAGAACACCAUUCGCGUCGAGGGCCAUAAAUCGGUCGUUGACAAGAUCGUUGCCUCCAUCGAGGCCAUUAUCAAGGAGCGCGAGUCUCAGAUUGUGGAGAGCGUGGAAGUCGCUCCUGAGAAACACCGGUUGCUGAUCGGCCGUGGCGGCGAGACCCGACGAAACAUUGAAUCUCAAUUCCGUGUCAACGUUGACAUCCCCAAGCAAUCUGCUACUGGUAGCAACCGAUCAGCCGUUAAGAUCACCGGCCAGCCCGCCGACGUUGAGAACGCCAAAGCCCACAUCCUGAAGAUUGUCAAGGAGCAGGAAGGCGAGACCAUCCAAAUCCCCCGUCAUAUCCACCACACCAUCUCCGACAACGGCCAGCUCUUCCGCCGUCUGCGCAAUGACCACAAGGUCACUGUCGACCAUGCCGGCGAGCAACCCCCUCCCAGGCCGGCCGCUGGCGGCAGCACCCGCGCCCGGAUCAAUGGCGGUGCCCUGCCCCUCAUUACGGACGAGAGCCAAGACUCCUCCGCGGACAAUGUUUCCUGGGAAGUCUCUGACAACACCGUCGAUGCCGACCAGGGCACCAUCCCCUGGGUUCUUCGGGGUUCUGCCGAGAACAUUGCCAAGGUCCGUGGCAUCCUGGACAAGGCUGUGGAGCAGGCUCAGCGCCAGUCUUCGACCGGUUACCUCAUUCUGCCUGACCCCAACACUUACCGCUUCGUUGUCGGGCCCGGUGGUUCCAAUGUCAACUCUGUCCGCAGACAAACAGGCUGCAAGAUCACCGUGCCCAAGGGACAGGCCAGAGGUGAGGCCAUUGAGAUUCUCGGCUCCCGGGAAGGCGUCGAGCAGGCCAAGGAUCUGAUUCUGGAGCUCGUCAAGAAUGCCGGUAACGGCGGAAGAAGCUAGAAGAAAAGCUCAUCGAUGCUCAAGCUAGAUGGAGUACAGUAGGAUGUUGUUUUUUUUUUUCUCUUUAGACCGACGGAAACAAAAAAUCAUUACUGGAAAAUCCCCCAUCCCCAUAUGUAUUGCAUGCAAAGAUUUGGCUAGGUCCUAUGAACGUCUUCUUCUGUUUUCAGGGGUUGCUUCUUCUUUCUUCUUUUUAUUCUUUUCUUGGAUGAAGGAGAUUUAAAAAAGAGCUUAUUUUCACUUCUCUUCAAUGUGUCUAUUAAAUUCCAUUCAAUUUUCCUUUUUUUCCAUACAUGUGCAGUCU